AUGUGGCUUCUCUGGCUGUUACCUCUUGUCGCCGCGUAUCCCGGCCUCUACACUGUGAGUUUACAGCUCUUUACAACUAGUUAUUGUAACUGAGGUUUAUAUUGAGUUGCAUUGUUAUGUUUUACAGUUUUUUUGAAGAUUUUAUACUGAAGGAAGUAGCUUUUUUAAAUUUAAAAAUUCAAAAUUCUGCCAUUUUAGUGGCAUUUAUAGUCUUAGUUUUUGUUUUAAUUAAUGUUCUUGAACCUCUUUACGAGAUUUUAGAAUUUAAAAUUACUUUGAGAGCGGCAAAAAGAACCUGAAACAUUAUGCCAAAAUGCGCAAAAUUCAAACUUCAAUCUCUAGUCUAGCUUUUUCGAUUUUAAAAACAUUUUUUGUAACUUUAAAUAUUUUUAAAUGUGAUCUUAAUACCUUUGAUGAUGCAACUUUCAGUCCAAAUGCCUUUCGGGAUGUCGCUGCAAUUCCAAUACGAUUGAAUGUCUAAACCUCCAAAACAGAAACGCCUCCUUCCUGAGGGAGAUCAGCGAGAUCACCCACCCCAACCUCGAGUACCUCUUCAUAACUGGAGCCGAGUUCCUGGACCUGCCCGAGAAGAAUGUGUUCGGCAUCUACACCCACAAGAAGCUCCGUCACGUCAACUUCACGGACUGUAGAAUCACCUCAAUUGGUGCCAACUCCUUCUCCGGCAUGCCCAACCUCGAGUUCUUGUACAUCAGUCAGAAUCCGAUUCGAGAGGUCAGUAUCCAUGCCUUGGGGAAUCUGAAGAGACUGGAAUACAUCGACUUGAGUGAUGUGUUCAAUGCUGAGAGACUCAACAACGCCAAGGUGAUCAAGGACAUCUUCUCGGUAGACCUGCCUCGUCUUCAGUCUGUGUAUCUGAGAGGUAACAACAUCAGGGACAACAUCGGUGGUGUGUUUUGUCAUGUAAGUUGACUGAGAUUAUUAUUUUUGUCUAACUACCUACUACAAUAUACAGUAAUACAUACUUUGAUACAUUCGUAUUUGUAACCUUCACAAAUCAUAUUUUAGUUCCCAAACUUGUUGACCCUGGACUUGUCUGAGAAUCGCCUGACUGAGUUCUCGAUGCCAAAAGACUGUAAUAGCAGGCUAAGCCAACUCAACUUGGCCCAUAAUGACUUUACUUCAUUCCCUGAGGGUUUUGAUCGCCUGAGGCAGUUGGAUCUGCACAAUAAUCCUUUGGACUGUUCCUCGAUCAAACAAUAUUCAGAUCGGCUUAAGACCCUUGAAAGGAUUGUAAGUGGUUACUGUAACUUUUCUUUUGUUUUUAGAAAUUUCACGUCAUAGUUCGUGCAAUACCUUCACAUACUAUAUUGAUAUCUUAUUUUUACAUAUAUAUAUAUAUAUAUAUGUAUACUGGAUCUAAUGUUCUAUAUUACUCAUCGUUUCAGAAUGCUACGUACUGUGAAACGCCAUCUGAGUUAAACGGUCUUUCUCUGGAUACAGUAAUCGCUAUGGAGAAGCAAACUUCAAGUCUGGUCAAACUUCUGAUCACUGUAUCUGCAGUUGUUGUUAUAGUUAUCAUGAUCGGCCUUCUGUUCCAUGUAGCCAAAUGUAAGAGGAACAGUUCACAGAAGGACAUCAGGUACAAUCUAGUACAAAUGCAGGAACACGCACUCGAGCCAGAGUUUUUGUAA